UGUGCAGAACAAACUGUGUAUGCGGAAUCAAAACAAAUAACUUUUACGGGUUUCCGUUUUCAUUAGACUAGCAGUGUUGAUAUAUUUAUGCAACGCUCAACUUCCUCCGUCACCGUAGUUUCGAUUAAGUAUUUUUUUCCCCGUUGCUUGUUAUUUGAUCUUCCUGCCUUUCUUUGAACAAGUAUGUCACAGGAGAGUCAGCAUGGCAAGUGGACUAUAUCAGAUAGUGAAGACGAGGACAACAUUAUUCCACCAACACCUCAAAAGGACUUAAUCAAUCCAAGCAUUAAACCUGAUUUAGAAAGCAAACCUGUUAAGAUCACCACCUUUUUCAUACAAGAACCCAAGUUGAGUCCCAAACAUAAUGAGAAAACCGAAGAAUCCUUACCUGUGAAAGAACUGUCCGCUCCCGCCAUUGGAUCGGAAGCCAGAAAAGCUGCACAUGUGAAACAAACAAACCCUGUGAAGCAUGAAAGCAACCCUUUACCUGCUGUAAAGAGAAAAAGAGAAACAGAGGAGGGAGGCUGGGACUUAUCUAGCAGCGAUGAUGAAGCUCCAGCAUCUGUCCCAAAAAAGGAACCCAAGAAGACGAAUAGAAGUCCUAAAAGGAAGAAGACUGAAGACAAACGUCCACCAAGCCCUCACGGCACUAGUUAUUAUAAAGAAGAGCCUGCUGAUUUCUUUGAGACCAAUUUAUUAUCUAUGAAUGACAUGUACAGAUUUUAUUUAAACAAAGUCACUGGGAUACAGAAGAAGUACAACACUGGAGCGCUGCAUAUUAAAGAAAUACUUUCUCCUAUGUUUGGGACACUGAAAAAGUCUGUGCAGUUCAAUUACUGCUUUGACAUUCCAUGGAUGGUGGAACAGUAUUCGCCAGAAUUUAGGGACAAGCCGGUUAUCAUUGUUCAUGGAGAAAAGCGAGAGUCCAAGGCUCGGUUAAUCGAACAAGCCAAACCAUAUCCACACAUUAGUUUCUGCCAGGCCAAACUGGACAUUGCAUUUGGAACACAUCAUACGAAAAUGAUGCUGCUAUGGUACGAGGAGGGAUUCAGGGUCAUCAUUCUCACCUCGAACCUCAUCCGAGCCGACUGGUACCAGAAGACACAGGGGAUGUGGAUGAGUCCUCUGUACCCCAGGUUACCGGAGGGAUGUCCAGUAACAGCAGGGGAGUCUCCCACCAACUUCAAGAGGGACCUGCUGGAAUACCUGGAAACAUACCGGGCUCCAGAGCUUGCCGAAUGGCUUGAUCGCAUCAAACAGCAUGAUCUGUCGGAGACAAGGGUGUAUCUCAUUGGAUCAACUCCAGGAAGAUAUCAAGGACCUGCUAUGGAGAAGUGGGGCCAUCUAAGAUUACGAAAGUUACUCAGCGAGCACACAUGGCCCAUGCAGAAUGAAGAGCAGUGGCCCGUGAUUGGUCAGUUCUCUAGUAUUGGCUCCAUGGGUCUUGAUAAGACUAAAUGGUUGGCAGCUGAGUUCCAGCGGACUCUCACCACACUGGGGAAGGCAGGGAAAUCAUUUGCCAGGCCAGAAACAAAGAUGCUUCUGGUUUACCCAUCUGUGGAAAAUGUGAGAACAAGUUUGGAGGGCUAUCCAGCUGGGGGAUCUUUACCUUACAGCAUACAGACAGCUCAAAAACAACUCUGGCUUCACUCAUACUUCCACGGAUGGCAUGCGGAUGUGUCUGGUAGGAGCAGUGCGAUGCCCCACAUUAAAACCUAUAUGAGGGUUUCACCAGACUACACACAGCUGGCCUGGUUCCUCGUCACAAGUGCCAAUUUGUCCAAAGCUGCCUGGGGUGCCCUGGAGAAGAACAACACUCAGAUCAUGGUGCGCUCAUAUGAGCUGGGAGUUCUCUACCUGCCUUCAGCCUUUAAUAUGAGCACAUUUCCUGUGGAGAAGAAGGUAUUUCCUGCCUCCAGCUCCUCCAGGGGCUUCCCUGUGCCCUUUGACCUUCCACCUCAGCGUUACUCCAACACAGAUCAACCAUGGAUCUGGAAUAUUCCAUACACUCAAGCCCCAGACACUCAUGGAAAUGUAUGGGUACCAUCUUAACAAUUGAAGACCCUCAGAUCGUCUCCAUUAGGUUGAAUGAACAUGGAGGUCAGGCCAUUAGCAUUUCUGAGUCUAUUUUCAGCUCAAGAUGCCGGUUCAUCUAUCCCUUAGGGGAUAUCUAAGGGAUAGAUGAAUCUUUUUUCCUAUCUUUUGGAACUUGACAUAUUUAUGAGUUCUUUGGUAGCAUAGUAUGUGUGUCAUUUGUCAAUGUUCACUCUUUAUACUGUUAUUUAGUCCUGUUUUGUUGUUGUAGACACUAUAGAGAUAAUUAGCCUUCAAUCAUACAUGUUUUUGUAAAUGACCCAAAAAUACAUUUUACAGUUAGAGAAACCAUGAACUAUGUAAUAAAUGUAUUUUUCAUUAACAGAGUCAUCAUAUGUGUUUUUACAAGAACUUGCGUAGGCAGUAUGCUGUCUUAAAACCUAGCACUCUCAAAAAUCUCAACUGAACAAUGUUUUCAAUUAAACGACCACUAACAGUGGCAUCGCCCAAAUCACGUUCCAAGCUCAAAAGCAGGUAACGUACCAUUUAUAAAAGGUAAUUUCUCAUAUCCAUGUUCAGUGUGUUUGUGAGAUUUGUUGUUUAACCAAUAUAGUCCUGAUAAAAAGAACUAAAUGAAAUGGUGAAAUCAUCUUAAAUUGGCUUUUUCUUUACUUUGCUUACCGACGUGUAUUUGGAAAUGAAUUCCAGGCAAAGCACCAAGGGCGGAUUGAUUUUUUCAUUCUUUGCUAGAGUGAUGCAGUAAUGUGCUUGUGGAGCACUAUGCUCCCUUGACAUUGGUGAUAUAUUGAAUAUGUUCAAAAUACAGAAAAUAUUGGAGCUUAUUCAUACUUAUCCUCAAAUUGUCAGGUUGCCUAGCAACAUGGGGGCACAGGAAUUCCCUGUGGCCCGUAUAUUUUAUUUUCAUGAACAAAUAUUUUGAUAGUCUAGACAUUAUUUAAUGGUUAUACUGUAUAAACUGUCAAGCAUGUCUAGACAAAAAAGUUAAAGUUAGUGUGCUUUUUGGAAUGUCUAUUCUACAUUGUGAAAUGAAAUAUUCAAUGGGGAGAACCAUCUGAAUUAUGUAUCUCUUGCACAGCCAUUUGUGACAUUUAUCAGAACUAUUUUAGACUUUGAUCGGAUAAAUAUCAGAGAGCUCUUCUCCAUUCUAAAAAGGUCUUUCAGUAUUGAUCUUAAAGAAUUUGGACAAUUCCUAAUAGAGCUGUCUGGCCUAAACAGUGACAAUCAUUUUGUGUGUACUCUAUUGAGUUACCACUGUGUUGACGAUUCCAAUUACAUCUCUGCCAUAAUUCAUGAUUUUCCCCCUCUUAUUACUAAACUCAUAAUUUAGAAUUUCAUUUGAAUAAUGUUUACACCCUGAAGUGUAUUUUUAUGUGGCGUUAGAACACAUGAAAGGUUUGUCUUGUUUGACAAAGAUAUGGUUUAAAUAUAAAUCAAAAUACAGGCUUUGAAAGAGGUAGAAUUCGAAUGAAAAAGGUAGUAACACUAUGUUACCGUGUCCUUGUUAAACAUAUUACUUGUUACAAUAUUUAAUUACUAUAGAAAAUGUAUAUUUACAAGCAGUUCCACCAAACAGUUGUAUAUUAUGUGCAUGUUGUUCAUUAGUAUUUCAAAGUAUUACUGUAAAUAGCAGAAAAACAAAAAUUAAUAGGGUAACACUUUUUUAUACUGUAUUUUUUUUUUUUACUGUUACACAUUACUUUUUACUAAAAUGAAUUACAAUAGUAUUAACUAUUAUAUUAACUGUUAUAAAUUUACAUGCAACUGCACAGUAGUUACACAGUAUGUACAUGUAGUUAAUAUUACUUGUACUUACAAAAUUACACUGUUAUACAGACACUGCAAAAUAAAGUGUGACCAUAAAUAGUUUUAGAAAUUAAAAUUAUAUUUACAAGUACAAACACCUCAUGGCCCUUAAUUUAUUAUUCUUGCUAGAGGCAAUGAGAAUAAAAUGAGGGAAAGUAAGCCACAGUCUAGGUCCAAGACCAGUCAGAGUAGGACCAUGGACAGUGAAACCUGAAUUUAUGAAUGGUCAACUAGAAAAUACAAAUAAGAAAUUGAUUGAACAGUUAUCUGAAAUAUACACUACCGAUCAAAAGUUUUGAAACACUUCACUGAAAUGUUUCUCGUGAUCUUAAAAAUCUUUUGAUCUGAAGGCGUUUGCUUAAAUGUUUGAAAUUAGUUUUGUAGACAAAAAUAUA